CACACAGCGCAGAUCUCAACACUCACCUCCGACUGUCAGUGAAACAAGAGAAUCAGGAAGUACUGGAGAGGAUUGUUGGAUCAGUAAAUCCUAAAUUUUUGGAAUAUAUAUAUUUUUUGUUUAAUGUUUGGUUGUCAUGGAGACCCCUGAGCCCGGUCAGGCUGAUGGUGAGGAGCGGAUGAUGGAUUUGAGACCCAGGACGCGGUCCAAUCCUGAGGGUGCUGAGGACCGACGCAGCAGUAACGGCAGCCUGAAUAACAGCCUGCCGUCCCCUCCGCAGCCGGCGGUAGGCAGUCGUGUGGAGGGAGAAGGGGAAGCAGCGAGCUCGGAUAGCCCACCCACUUCUGCCACGACCAUCACAGCAGCUGCACCUGCUGCUCCUGCCGCUGCUGCAACAGGCAACGCCACCAGCAUACCUGUGAUGGCAUCUGCGUCCAAAGAAAGACCUAAACCCCCACAGUCCUCCCUGCCUACCCAGAUUCCUCCAUCUGCAGAGUUACACCUUCGUGCUCCACGGGUCAACUGCCCAGAGAAAGUGAUCAUAUGCUUGGACCUUUCAGAGGAGAUGUCUCUACAAAAUUUGGAGUCUUUUAAUGGAUCAAAGACGAACGCCUUAAAUAUUUCCCAGAAAAUGAUUGAGAUGUUUGUGAGAACCAAGCACAAGAUAGACAAAAGGCACGAAUUUGCACUGGUGGUGGUGAACGAUGAUGCCAUGUGGUUAUCAGGAUUCACCUCUGACCCACGGGAGCUGUGUAGCUGUCUGUAUGAUCUGGAAACCAACGUCUGCGAGUCCUUCAAUCUGGAAGAUUUCCUCAGUGUAAUACUGCAAAAAAUUGAACUUCCUCAGACGGAGAACGUUCAGACCAUUCCACCCCCCUUUGUAGUCCGAACCCUCCUCAUCUUUAGCAGACAUGCGGGAAUGCUUCAGUUUAACCCCUCUGAUGCCAUUAAAAAAAUGCUCCAGUCUCCCUAUUUUUUCUUCGAUGUUGUUUAUCUUCAUAACGGGACUGAAGAGCAGACGGAGGACGCAAGCUGGAAGGAUGUGUAUGCGUCCUUCAGCGAGCUGGACACUAAGGGGGUGUGUUAUCGGUUUGAGGUGUCACUGUGUGGUCCUGCCAUCGAACUGCACAACUGCAUGGCAAAACUUCUGUGCCAUCCGCUGCAGAGACCUUUCCAGAGCCACGCCUCCUACAGCCUACUGGAGGACGAUGACACGCAGGAGACGGAGGCCACAGUGUGAUUUAACAUAGCUUAUUGCUCGGAUAUUACUCGAAUUUCUGGAGUAAUGACCACCAGAGACUAUGAAGGGGCGAACAACUGCAUAUAUGUGCACUAUUUCUGUACUGGCACUGUUAUUGCUUUUGAAAUCUUAAUUGUUUUAGUAAAGCAAUCACAACUAUAGGUCCUGCAAUUGUCUACUAUUACUGUGUUGUUGCUCUUAGCACCAGCCGAUGUCGACUUUAUUCUUUCUGCAACUCUCACAUACUCGUGUCUGUUGCAGUUUACAUACGAGCUGGUGUCAGUUGUGAUCUAUUGACUGGAUCUUGACCCAGAUGUGCUUACGCUGAAGGUUUACAGCAUGUCGUAAAUACUGCUUGGGUUCUGUUAAAUAAAUUUGAUGUAAAUACUGUAGGA